UCGUGGAGACGUGUACGUUGCUAGACAUCCAUGCUUUGCCUUCCAAUCCAUCCGGCGUAGAUGGGGGCCACUCAUUUGCUUGGGUUCAUUUUUUGCAGCAAGACUCAUUUUUGGGGUUCCAUGUAUGAUCGUGUUCGUAAUCUAUACAUGGCGAAGGCGACAUUUGUCAAUGUAUAGCGUCAUAGAAGAUUUUCUACGAAGUGAUAGCAACUUCUUGCCAAUAAGGUACUCUUACUCAGAAAUUAAGAAGAUGACUAAUAAAUUUAAGGACAAGCUGGGUGAAGGCGGCUAUGGCUCUGUAUUUAAAGGAAAGUUACGCAGCGGCCGUUUUGUAGCAAUUAAAGUUCUGGGCAAGCCCAAAGGUAAUGGGCAAGACUUCACAAGUGAGGUAGCUACCAUUGGAAGGAUUCAUCAUGCUAAUGUGGUGCAACUUAUUGGUUAUUGUGUUGAGGGAUCAAAUCGUGCUCUAGUAUUUGACUUCAUGCCUAAUAGCUCUCUUGAUAAAUAUAUUUAUUCCAAAGAAAAAAGCAUGCCCUUAAGUUGCAAGAAAAUGUACGAGAUUUCUCUCGGAGUGGCUCGAGGGAUUGAAUAUCUGCAUCAAGGUUGUGAAAUGCAAAUUCUGCAUUUUGAUAUCAAGCCUCAUAAUAUUCUUCUUGAUGAGAAUUUUAACCCAAAGAUUUCUGACUUCGGGCUUGCGAAAUUAUAUUCCGUAGAUGAUAGCAUUGUCUCUUUGACGGCAGCAAGGGGAACAAUGGGCUAUAUUGCUCCUGAGUUGUUCUACAAAAAUAUUGGAGGUGUUUCGUACAAAGCUGAUGUCUACAGUUUUGGAAUGUUGCUCAUGGAAAUGGCAAGCAGAAGGAAGAAUUUCAAUUCAAUGGUAGAGCGUUCAAGCCAAACUUACUUCCCGUCAUGGGCGUACGACCAAUAUAACAAGGGAAAUGACUUGGAGAUGGGAGAUUUUAAUGAGGAGGAAAAGAAAAUCAUAAAAAAGAUGGUUAUAACUGCAUUGUGGUGCAUUCAAAUGAAGCCAAGUGAUCGGCCUAACAUGAACAAAGUCAUAGAAAUGCUCGGAGGAGAUGUUGAAUGCCUAAAGAUGCCUAUCAGACCUUUUCUGUAUCCACAGGAGAUGCAUGCAGGUGAUGUUCAAGAAAAUUUGAACUCAAUAGGUCCCAACAGGGAAUUAACAUGGACUUUGUCAGGUAGGUGAUCAUCAAAUUGUUAGAAAAUGCAAUCAUUUAUUGGUUUUUUUUUUUUUUUUUUUUUUUUUUUUUUUAAGG